AUGGCUCGCGCUGGACAUGUGGUGUUGGCAUUAUUGGUGCUGUUGUUCUUGACGAAGGUGGAGGCGCAGAAUAUUCCAGUAUUACAAUAUCCGACUGGGCUGAGGCGCGUGAUGAACUGUGACAAGCACGCUGAAGUGUGGAUUGAGUGCGAUCCAAAGAGCUAUCGGACCACAGUUUUGAUCUAUGCCGCUCCGGGAUUGUUCGUAGCAGGCGUAUUCGCUAUUGCAAUUUCGGUGUACUUUGUCGGUAAGUACGUCUUCAACUGCUGUGGGGGACGCAAACAAACACCAGGUUUGUGCUUUCCUACCCCUGGGUAUUCGGCAAAGUACGACAAGGGUGAUAUCCUUCGUCCACUCAUACUGACGGUGAUUGUCUUCAUCAUGUGUAUGGCCGCAUGCAUAUGGGGUUGCACUUCACUAACCCGUUUGAAAAGGGAACUGAAUGCGCUGCGUAAGCUUUCGGACUCUGCUGUGAGUCAUGUAGAGACGGCAAAUGCAGAGCUUCUGGCUGGGAUGAGCGUGACAUUGUACAACCCCAGCUUGGACGCAAUGUAUGUGGAUUCACUUAUUGACUUGUUUGCGGGUGAUCAGAAUCUUCCGAAGACGACAGUCGAACGUGUGUCGGAUGUUUCCCGUAUGCUUGACAUCACCAUUAUUGCACUCGUUAAUUUCGCUGGCAGGCUGAUAUGGUUGUGGUACAUAGUCUACAUUCUCCCUGCAAUUGUUUCGUUUGUGGGGUUGAUAGUUGCAUUCGGAAACUAUCGUCGCUAUGCGGCCAUGACUAUUUUUACUAUCAUGGCGGUUCUUGGUGUCGUGGAUUGGGGAUUCAACGGCAUGUUUGCGGCCUCUACUUUUCUCAUGCGCGAGAGCUGUUUCGAAAUCUCAGAGUGGAGCGACAGACGGGAGAGUGUUGUGAAGGCGGUUGCCGAUUGCGAUGACACUACCUACAACCGUUACACUCCCAUUUUUGACGAUAUUAUUCUCAAACAAUCACAGUUGACUUGUGAACAGUUUCAGCCAUUCUGCUACGAUAAGAAUUUGUUGCCCAACGAAAACGCCGCGCAAAUGAAGGUGUUCGACUGUCCAGAGUCCAUGUCGUGCUCAGUAGUGACAGAUGCAGAACUGGCCUCAUGGACCAGAAAUAGUUUCCUUACGGCGCCGCAGAUAUUACAAAACCCCACUGCGAGCGCGACGGCCACUGCUGAGGGCUACAUGUGCGCUUCAGUCCCUGUGGAGCAAUGCACAUUAACCAUGUGCGCACAGACGUGUACGAAGGAUGGUGUGCUGAGCAGUCCUGGGAAGGCUGCUAAAAGGGCCAUCACCGCCAUCCAAGAGGUUAUUCGGGCAAGGAUGAUCGUUGAUACUGUCGAACGCCAACUACACAGUUGCGAUGCUGUGCUAUCCAACGUGGUUCCCUCGCUUAACCCGUCGUGCCAGGCCGCUUCUAACGCCAUGUACAACCUGAUGCAAAGCUCCGGUUUGAUGGGGUUGGCAACCAUAGCUGCUUUGUUCGCAUACGCAAUAGGCGCAAAGCGUUUCAUUCCUUUAGAUCAGGCCUUUAUAACCCAGUCAGGUUGA